AUGGCGCUGGAUGGAUCCAGCAGUUAUGUUGCUCCCAGCAACUUAGCUGAGCCCGACUCUCUUCCCAUGUUUGAUGUCCAGCGAGUACAGCUGCAGUUUCCGAUCGCAGCGGACUUCGUGGCGGCGCAGGUUGCCAACAACGUGCUUGUGCUGGCCUUGUCUACCGGCCGAAUUCUUCGCAUUGACUUGGAUACCCCUGAGGAUAUUGAUGCUCCAUUCCGCCCAUCUGCAACAGACAUCGACCUCCCCAAGAAGUCCUCAGAAAUCGGAUUGAUUCGGCGAAUGUUCCUGGACCCGUCGGCGUCUCAUUUGAUCAUCAGUACUACACUCGGCGAAAACUACUACCUCCAUACCCAGUCCCGACAGCCUAAGGCCUUGUCUCGGUUAAAGGGUGUAUCCAUCGAAAGCAUCGCCUGGAAUCCCUCGCUGCCCACUGCAUCCACUCGCGAGAUUCUGCUGGGAACAACUGAUGGCAACAUCUACGAAACCUACAUUGAACCGUCCACGGAGUUCUACCGGCGCGAGGAGAAAUAUGUCACCGCGGUCUACAAGGUGCCGAACGCCUCACCGGUGAUUGGAAUCAGUGCGGAACCAGGGCCCGCGAAGCCUGAGCAACGCCGGGUGCUUGUUGCCACUUAUGGAAAAUUGUUUCAUUUCCUUGGUCGAACAGGGGCCACGCGGCACGGAAGAGAAGGUGGCGGUUCGAUAUAUGCGGAGCUUUUCCAACGCGAAACACCUUUGACACAUGAAGCCCAAAAUCCAUCCGGGUCUGCGCCAUCAUCUCUAGUAGUCUCUUCGUCUCUGUCGGAGGGUCAUCAGGGGGAUGGGCAUACUGAGAAGGAAUUCGCCUGGCUCAGUGCGCAAGGAAUCUUCCAUGGACAGCUUGCGUCGGAGUCACCAUUUGACCAUGCGAAAAUGCUUGCGCGCUCGGUUUUCCCCGCUUCUGAAUCCGCACGAGGAGGGAAAAGAUUGAUCCAGAACCCGAUUACCGCAACGACCCUGUCGCGGUGGCAUGUUCUGGCACUCGUUGAAGGCAGGGUGGUUGCGGUCAACCGUCUCAAUGAGGAAGUCGUCUACGAUCAGGCUGUUCUGGAGCCCGGGCAAAGUGCGCUGGGUCUUCUGACUGAUCUCACCCAAAACACCUACUGGCUCUUCACUAGCCAGGAGAUUUUUGAAGUCGUGGCCAAUGACGAGGAUAGGGAUGUAUGGAAAGUGUUUCUGCGGGAGCAGAAAUAUGAUGAAGCACUCCAAUACGCCCGCGGUCCUGCACAUCGGGAUGCUGUUUUGACUGCCUCAGGUGACUCUCUCGCCGACCGAGGUCGCUUUGUUGAAGCGGCCAAGGUCUGGGGCAAGAGCAGCAAAGGAUUCGAGGAGGUUUGUCUGACAAUGAUCGACCACAAGGAACACGAUGCGCUGCGUAAAUAUCUUCUCUCGCAGCUGUCCACGUACAGGAAAGCAUCUGUCACGCAGAGGAUCAUGGUCGCAAGUUGGCUUGUGGAGCUGUUCAUGUCCAAAUUGAAUUCCCUUGAUGACAAUAUCGCGACCAAGGCCGAACUCACAGAAGCCGCGAGCACCGGGGAAGUUCAGGAUCAACUGGGCAGCGUCCGAUCCGAAUUCCAAGAUUUCGUGAACAAGCACAAGACUGAUUUGAAUAAGAAAACCGUUUAUGGGAUCAUCAGCAGCCACGGCCGCGAAGAAGAGCUACUGUUUUUUGCAACCGUCACUAACGACCACAAUUAUGUCCUGUCAUAUUGGAUCCAACGGGAGAAGUGGGCAGAGGCCUUGAACGUUCUGCAGCGACAGAGUGACCCCGAUGUGUUCUACAAGUACAGCAGCGUGCUCAUGACACAUGCGGCCACCGGGCUGGUGGAGAUCUUGAUGCGGCAGACAAACCUGGAUCCGGAGAGACUGAUCCCGGCGCUGCUGAACUACAACAAGUCCGCCAAUGUCUCUCUCAACCAGAACCAGGCCGUGCGCUAUCUGAACUUCAUAAUCGUCAACCACCCAAAGCCAUCCGCAGCUGUGCACAACACCCUCAUCUCCAUCCAUGCCUCCAGCCCAUCCAACUCUGAAGCCGGGCUGCUCACUUAUCUCCAAUCGCAACCAUCCUCACCACCCCCCUAUGACGCAGACUUCGCCCUCCGGCUCUGCAUCCAACACCAACGAGUGCAAUCAUGCAUCCAUAUUUACAGCGCAAUGGGCCAGUACCUGCAAGCCGUGGAGCUCGCCUUGGAGCACGAUGACAUCGAACUCGCGGCAAUAGUGGCAGAUCGCCCAGAAGGCAACGAUAAGCUCCGCAAGAAACUGUGGCUCCUCGUUGCCGAGAAGAAGAUCCGGCAGCCCGGCACGGGCAUCAAAGACGCCAUCGAAUUUUUGCGCCGCUGCGAGCUCCUCCGUAUCGAGGAUUUGAUCCCCUUCUUCCCGGACUUCGUCGUCAUCGACGACUUCAAGGAUGAGAUCUGCACCGCCUUGGAGGAUUACUCGCGGCAUAUCGACGCCCUGCGCCAGGAAAUGGAUAACUCGGCACAGACAGCCCGCCAGAUUCGGUCGGAGAUUGCCGGUCUGGAUACGCGCUACGCCAUCGUCGAGCCCGGCGAGAAAUGCUGGAUCUGCUCGCUGCCCCUGUUGAGCCGCCAGUUCUUUGUCUUCCCGUGCCAGCAUGCUUUUCAUAGCGACUGUCUUGGUAAGGAGGUACUGGGCGGCGCGGGGGGUAAGAAGAAGUAUAUUCGGGAUCUGCAGGCUCAUCUGAGCAAGGGUGAUCUGUCUUCGACUAGGAGGGAGGAGAUUGUCAAAGAAUUGGAUGGGCUGGUUGCUGAAGCAUGUAUUCUCUGCGGCGACCACGCUAUCAAGCAGAUUGACAAGCCGUUCAUCGCAGACUUGGAAACCGCCGAUGAGUGGGCUCUGUGA